CGGACCUGAUAGAGAACACACAGACUUCGUGUGCGUGGAGCUCUUCGAUGGCAAUGUCUACUUUGUGUACGGCAUUGGAGACCACUAUCGACACAUUCAGCUGAAUCCCGAGGCCAUAAAAGUUAACACUGGCACCGCGCACCGCGUAUACGUGGAGAGGACACCUGAACACCGUUUUAUUGUCAAAUACAACGGCAUGGAGGUGGAUGUGGACCAGGGCACAAGUGCGCAUCAGGCCGAGUUCUCCAGCUACACCUACAUCGGCAGCAUCGAUCAACCGUCUCGCCUGCCCUGGGUCGUAUGGUCGAGAGAAAACUUUGCAGGCUGCAUCAACUCCAUCCGCAUAAACGACGACAAAUUUCUGGAUCCCGCCUCGUAA